ACCGCUGAAAGCGAACCACUCUAGGCCCCGCCUUUGAUCUCGUUGGUGGGGCUGGGGGAUGAGAGCUGCAUCGCGCGGGACAAAUCGCUGGCGGCGCCCGACGGAGCAGAAGAGGAGAGAUCAUGGAGCUGGAGAGGAUCGUCAGUGCAGCACUCCUUGAGUUUGUCCAGACAAACCUCCCAGAGGCCGACCUCAGUGGCUUGGAUGAAGUUAUCUUCUCCUAUGUGCUUGGGGUCCUGGAGGAGCUGGGCCCCUCAGGACCAUCAGAGGAGAACUUUGAUAUGGAGGCCUUCACUGAGAUGAUGGAGGCUUAUGUGCCUGGCUUUGCCCAUAUUCCCAGGGGCACAAUAGGGGACAUGAUGAAGAAGCUCUCUGGGCAGCUCAGUGAUGCCAAGAACAAAGAGAACCUGCAACCACAGAGCUCUUGUAUCCAAGGUCAGGUUCCCAUCUCCCCAGAGCCCUUGCAGCGGCCUGAAAAGCGCAAAGAAGAGGCCAGGUCUCCUGCUGCUGCUGGGGACACCCAAGAUGAGGCAGCUGGCGCUGAGGAGGAGCUGCUUCCGGGUGUGGAUGUACUCUUGGAGGUGUUCCCUACCUGUUCAAUGGAGCAGGCCCAGUGGGUGCUGACUAAAGCACGGGGGGACUUGGAAGAAGCUGUGCAGAUGCUGGUAGAGGGGAAAGAAGAGGGGUCUCCAGCCUGGGAUGGCCCCAGUCAGGACCUACCUAGGCGCCUCAGGGGCCCCCAGAAAGAUGAGUUGAAGUCCUUCAUCUUGCAGAAGUACAUGAUGGUGGAUAGUGCAGAGGAUCAGAAGAUUCACCGACCCAUGGCUCCCAAGGAGGCUCCCAAGAAGCUGAUCCGAUACAUUGACAAUCAGGUGGUGAGCACCAAAGGAGAGCGAUUCAAAGAUGUGCGUAACCCUGAGGCUGAGGAGAUGAAGGCCACAUAUAUCAAUCUCAAGCCGGCCAGGAAGUACCGCUUCCACUGAGGCACUUGCUGGACUCUGCUGGAGCCUUCUAGGCUCAGAUCCCAGAGGGAUGCAGGAGCCCUACACCCCCACACAGGGGCCUCCCUUACUCCUGUCACCUUCUUUUUCCUCUUCUCUACUUUGUUGUUCCACAGUGUUAACCUACUCUCAAACCUGCCUCCAAGGGCACAGUAAAGAUGGCCCAAGGAAG